UGUUUUAUUUUUAACAGUUAAAUGAAAUUAAGCUUUAAAAACAUUUUAAUGACAUUUGUAAUUGUUAUAUUAGUUAUGUGAUAAAGGAAGCAAUUAAUCUAAAGUCGAAAUAGUACACAGUGUUUAAGUGUUAAGAAGAACUCCUAAUAGCAUUUUAAUUUAUCUGUGUGACCACACAGGUAGUUUAUUGUCAACACUCUUGGCCUCAUUUUACAUAAUAGCAAAGCAGAAAACAGUGUAAUAUGUUCAGAAGAUAAAAUACAGCCAAGAAUUGCUAAAAAAUUUGCAAUUUUGCUCAUACGUAGGUAAAAUAAUUUUGUCUGAAUCGUUUAAUACAGAGAAAUGUCACCUAUUGCUGUAGGAUAUUUAUGAAUACAACUCAUUUAUAGGGGUUACACUGUGAGACUUUACUGUGUCUUAUUUACCUAUAGAACUUUAAGGUAAGUAAAAAACCUUAGUGAUCCCCCUGUACUUAAUAAAUAUAAAAAUAGAUUUUAAAUUGUUUUACAUCACAGCUCUCUAAAACUUGAUGCAACCUCAUCUGUUAUGCAAUAUAGCCCAAUUUAUUAAACACUAACUGAAAUUGAGAUAAACUCCUUAUAAGAUUGAGUCUUCUUGGUUGAUUUACUUAGAAUCUUAUCUUUGAAGGGAAGUACAUAUAUAUAAUUGUAAGAAAUAAAUUCAGUGGCAGCAUCUGCCUUUAUGUUUCAUAAUAUCUGAUGAUCUUAAAAAUAGGUUGUCAUUUGAAAUGAAAUAGGUUGACCCUUGCUUUCAAAACCAGCAUGAGCCUAGCAUGACUUUAUUAAUCAUUAAUGAAAAAAUCAGUUGUACAGUUACAAGUAAGUGAUAUGCUGCAAGAAACAAUUUGCUGAAUGUUUAUAUGUGAUUGAUUUUAUCUUUACUAUAUUUAGGAAGCAGUCAUGUUUCAUGAGUCCUCAAAACCGUGAGAUGAGAGAAUGUAGUUGAGUGAGGCCAGAAGUCAUUACUGGUUUAAAGAACUCCAGGGAAACUGAAAUAGCACAUUUUAUAUUAUAAGUAGAACCCUGGGAGCCAAAGGUGAAACAAGUUUAUCUGCAGAACUCGGCUGCAGGGCUGAUCUGAGUCUGGAAGAAAUGGAUGAGAGCUUCUGGAUGAAAUUCACUAACACUAGACACCUGAGUCCUCUAGUAACGUAUAAAUAUCCCAACUACUGUCUGUUGUCAUCGUGUUUUUUUUCCUUCUUUUUUAGCCCCUUCUUUCAUAACCAGUUUUUUAGUCAGAACCUCAACACUGCAGUUUUGUUCUUUUGCUUGCUUCUGUCACUUCCUUAUGACUGAUCCCCUGACACCUGUCUGGAUCUUAUUCUUCAUCAUUUUUUAUUUACUUCCCUUAGUCCUUCUAUUUUGGCUGUUACAUAAAGCAUCUAAUCAAGGUUUUUGUUUGUUUAUUUUGUUUUCCUGCGUCAUGAAAUUUGUAUACUUGGAUGAGAGACAUUGUAAAUUGCCUUUUUUCCCCCCAAAACUACUUACUUUGGCCUAAAUGUAGUUACACUGUUCUAAAAACCAUUUCUUUUACAGAGAUUUGUGAAUGAACUUUGUUGAGUAUGGAUUCCGGUGGUGGAAGUCUUGGAUUGCACACAUCAGAAUCUAGAAUGGCCCAUACCAUGAUUUUGCAGGAUUUUGUGGCUGGAAUGGCUGGUACUGCACAUAUCGAUGGAGACCAUAUUGUUGUUUCAGUUCCUGAAGCCAUGUUAGUUUCUGAUGUUAUCACAGAUGAUGGAAUAACUCUUGAUCAUGGCCUUGCAGCUGAAGUUGUCCAUGGGCCUGAUAUCAUUACAGAGACUGAUGUAGUAACAGAAGGUGUGAUUGUUCCUGAAGUUGUACUUGAAGCUGAUGUUGCCAUUGAAGAAGAUUUAGAGGAAGAUGAUGGUGAUCACAUCUUGACUUCUGAGCUAAUUGCAGAAACUAUUAGGGUACCUGAGCAGGUUUUUGUGGCUGACCUUGUUACUGGUCCUGAUGGACACUUAGAACAUGUGGUGCAAGAUUGUGUUUCAGGAGUUGACUCUCCCACAAUGGUAUCAGAGGAGGUUCUUGUAACUAAUUCAGAUAUGGAAACUGUGAUUCAGGCAGCUGGUGGUGUGCCUGGUUCUACAGUUACUGUAAAAACCGAAGAUGAUGAUGAUGAUGAUGAUGUCAAGAGCACUUCUGAAGACUACUUAAUGAUAUCUUUGGAUGAUGUUGGGGAGAAAUUAGAGCAUAUGGGGAAUACACCAUUAAAAAUCAGCAAUGAUGGUUCACAAGAAGAUGUUAAAGGAGAUGGGUUUGGUUCAGAAGUAAUAAAAGUGUAUAUAUUUAAAGCCGAGGCAGAAGAUGAUGUUGAAAUAGGCAGAACAGAAAUUGUCACAGAGAGUGAAUAUACCAGUGGACAUUCUGUAGCUGGAGUGCUUGACCAGAGCCGGAUGCAGCGGGAGAAGAUGGUUUACAUGGCAGUUAAAGAUUCUUCUCAGGAAGAAGAUGAUAUCAGAGAAGAAAGAAGAGUUUCCCGAAGAUAUGAAGAUUGUCAAGCAUCAGGAAAUAAUUUGGACUCAGCAUUAGCAAACAGAAGUAGUACAGCAGCACAGUACCUUCAAAUUUAUGAUAGUAUUAAUACGAAUAAAGUGCUUAAACAGAAAGUCAAGAAGAGGAGAAGAGGAGAAACCAGGCAGUGGCAAACAGCUGUUAUAAUAGGUCCUGAUGGACAGCCCUUGCCAGUAUACCCUUGCCAUAUUUGCUCAAAAAAGUUUAAAUCCAGGGGAUUCUUGAAAAGACACAUGAAGAAUCAUCCUGAUCAUUUGAUGAGAAAAAAAUAUCAGUGUACAGAUUGUGACUUUACAACUAACAAGAAAGUGAGUUUCCAUAGCCACUUAGAAAGUCAUAAGCUUAUAAACAAAGUUGACAAAACCCAUGAAUUUACAGAAUACACACGAAGAUAUAGAGAGGCUAGUCCAUUGAGUUCUAAUAAACUUAUAUUAAGAGACAAGGAGCCGAAGAAGCACAAGUGCAAAUACUGUGACUAUGAAACUGUAGAACAGGGAUUAUUGAAUAGACAUUUGCUGGCUGUUCACAGCAAGAAUUUUCCUCAUGUUUGUGUUGAGUGUGGAAAGGGCUUUCAACAUCCUUCUGAACUCAAGAAGCAUAUGAGAACCUAUACUGGUGAGAAGCCAUACCAGUGUCAGUAUUGUAUCUUCAGGUGUGCAGACCAGUCAAAUCUGAAAACUCACAUUAAGUCUAAGCAUGGUAAUAAUUUACCAUAUAAAUGUGAGCAUUGUCGCCAAGCAUUUGGUGAUGAGAGGGAGCUUCACCGCCAUCUGGAUUUGUUUCAAGGACAUAAGACACACCAGUGCCCUCAUUGUGACCAUAAGAGCACCAACUCAAGUGACCUUAAACGGCACAUCAUAUCUGUUCAUACUAAGGAUUUUCCUCACAAAUGUGAGGUCUGUGAUAAAGGUUUCCAUUGUCCUUCUGAGCUCAAAAAACAUAAUGAUAUACAUAAGGGUAGGAAAAUUCAUCAGUGUAGGCACUGUGACUUUAAAACAUCAGAUCCAUUUAUUCUUAGUGGCCAUAUCCUUUCAGUUCAUACUAAGGACCAGUCACUGAAGUGUAAAAGAUGCAAGAAAGGGUUCAGACAACAAAAUGAGCUCAAGAAACAUAUGAAGAUACAUACUGGAAGGAAGAUUUACCAAUGUGAGUACUGUGAAUACAGCACUACAGACGCAUCUGGCUUUAAACGACAUGUGAUAUCAAUACAUACAAAAGACUAUCCACAUAGGUGUGAAUUCUGCAAGAAGGGAUUCCGAAGACCAUCAGAAAAAAACCAGCAUAUUAUGAGGCACCACGAGGAGGCCCUUUUGUAAUAAAAUCAAUAUGAAGAAAGAAGUUAUUUAGAAAUAUUAUGUGCUAAUUGGGAGGAAAAUCUGACAAACUAUUUCAUCUGGUUUCAAAGCUUGA